CACCGAAGGAAAAAUCUGCAGGGCGUGGGGCAGCUCCUCCAUGUUUGUUGCCCGGUUUGAUAUCAACAGUGGUGCAGCGAUUCACACCCAGAUCCUAUCUGGUCCUGAUUUGGGAGAUUUGAAGUUAUUUUAAAAUCUGAAACGCUCAAGAAGAUGCAGGAUGACGCGCGCUACCUCAAACGCAAAGUGACUGCGGGCAGUCUAGAUGUUCAUCCCACGGAGAAGGCCCUCGUGGUCCACUAUGAGGUGGAGGCGUCCAUACUGGGGGAGAGUGGAGGUCAUAUGCUGGCGGAACGCAAGGAGGGACAAAAGAUCAUCCGUGUGAAGAGUCUGUCUCCCAGUACAGAUGUGGGAGCUUUGGCCAAGAAAGUGGUGGAGGAGUGUAAGCUCAUCCCUUCCUCCCGUUUGCCCCAGGUGGAGCAGCUCCUCUACUACCUGCAGAACAGGAAGUCAUCCCCGGUGGAGGGAAAAGCAGUGGAGAAGAAAGAAAAAAAAAGUGUGAAACCCAGAGAGUUGACACCGUUUGAAGGAAUGGAGUUAAAUGAGGAAGCCAGUAUAACCAAAAUGGAUGAGUAUGUGGAGCUGCUCUAUGAAGGUGUCCCAGAGAAGAUCAGAGGCUCUGCUCUCAUUCUGCAGCUGGCCCGCAACCCUGAAAACCUAGAGGAGCUGCUACACAACGAGGCAGUUCUUGGAGCUCUGGCCAGAGUACUGAGGGAGGACUGGAAACAGAGUGGGGAGUUGGCCACCAUCAUCAUCUACAUCUUCUUCUGUUUCUCUAGUUUCUCCCAGUUCCAUGGAGUGGUGAGUCAUUAUAAAGUAGGUGCGUUGUGUAUGAGCGUGGUGGAACAUGAGCUGAAGAGACAUGACGUGUGGUGUGAGGAGCUCCGCAAGAAAAAUAAGGCUUGUGAGUCAGCGCCAGAGAAUGGUUCCCUAAGAAGAGACCAAGAAAAAGCUCUGAGGAAGUACCAAGGGCUUCGGGCUAAACAGGAGCAGCUGCUCAGAGUGUCUCUUUACCUCCUGUUGAACCUCGCUGAGGACACGAGAACGGAGCUGAAAAUGAGGAAUAAGAACAUUGUUGGUCUGUUGGUCAAAGUUCUUGAUCGGGAUGAUGAGGAACUGCUGGUCCUGGUGGUUUCAUUCCUGAAAAAACUUUCCAUCUUUUUGGAGAACAAAAAUGACAUGGCUGAGGUUGACACUGUAGAACGACUGGCUCGUCUGGUUCCCUGUGACCAUGAAGAUCUGUUAAACCUGACUCUGCGCCUGCUGCUCAACCUCUCCUUUGACUCUGGGCUCCGAGCCAAGAUGGUUGAAGUUGGACUUUUACCUAAACUGACUGGCUUGAUGGGUGAUGAGAACAACCGUCAAGUCGUGAUGCGUAUCCUGUAUCAUAUCAGCAUGGAUGACCGCUUCAAGGGCAUGUUUGUUUACACUGACUGUAUACCUCAGCUCAUGCAGAUGCUGUUUGAGUGCAGUGAGGAGGAAAUUGAAGCCGAGCUCAUCUCCAUCUGCAUCAACCUGGCGGCAAACAAGAGGAACGCUCAACUUACAUGUGAAGGAAAUGGGCUGAAGAUGCUGAUGAAGAAAGCUCUUAAGACAAAAGACUGUCUGCUGAUGAAGAUGAUCAGAAACAUCUCCCAACACGAUGGACCAACCAAACCACUGUUCAUAGACUAUGUGGGUGACCUGGCGGCAGAGAUCCGUGCAGAGGAAGAUGAGGAGUGGGUUCUUGAGUGUCUGGGGACACUGGCCAACCUCACCAUCCCUGACCUGGACUGGGAGUUGGUGCUGAAGGAGUACAACCUGGUACCUUACCUCAAAGACAGACUCAAACCAGGCUCAGCAGAGGAUGACCUCAUCCUAGAGGUGGUGAUUAUGAUUGGAACGGUUUCCAUGGAUGAUGCCUGUGCCGCCAUGUUGGCUAAAUCUGGCAUCAUUCCUGCCCUUAUCGAGCUACUGAAUGCCCAACAGGAGGACGACGAGUUUGUGUGUCAGAUUGUCUACGUCUUCUAUCAGAUGGUUUUCCACCAAGCCACACGAGAUGUCAUCAUCAAAGACACCCAGGCUCCAGCCUACCUGAUAGACCUGAUGCAUGACAAGAACGCUGAGAUUAGAAAAGUGUGUGACAACACCCUCGAUAUUAUUGCUGAGUACGAUGAGGAGUGGGGGAGGAAGAUCCAAUCAGAGAAGUUUCGUUUCCAUAACAAUCAAUGGUUGGAGAUGGUCGAGAGUCGUCAGGCUGAUGAGUCAGAAACGUAUCUCUACGAUAACGACAAUGACAGGGCCGAUCUCUUCUAUAGUGCAGAUGGAAUAACUCCAGCAGACGGCUGCGUCAGCCCUGAUUUCUUCAAUGACCUGCAAGCUCAGAACGGAGACUCGCGCCUCACAGAAGCUGACAGAGACAUCUUCGACCAGACCAGCUCGUCACCUGGCCGACCAGCCACUGCGUACGGCUUUAGACCUGACGAGCAACCCUUCUAUCAGUACACAUAGACACACACACACACACACACACACACGCGCCUGCUCUGUUCAACCCGUCAGGACAUCCUGACAUGUUAACCAUCCACAAUCUGCACAUCCACAUCAUUAGAAUGACAAUAAAAUAUUACAAAUACUUAUACCCACUGAGAUCUUGUAGAUAGAGGAUGAUCUCACUGAUUCCGAGUGAUUAUAGACAAACUUUCCCAUUAUGGUAUGAAAUUAUUAAUCAUAGUAUUAGCAUUAAAUUAAAUUAAAUAAAAAAUAAUCUUACAUCUGCAUAGUUUACCUUCGGAUUCCACCCAUUUUUUCAAGUAAUCAAAAAUAAUAGAAGUUCCAGUAGUUGUGGAGAAGCCUGUAUAUAACACUGAAAGGGACUAACACUGCAGAUUAUAAAGUUGUUAUUUAAUAACCUGCAGUUCCACACCGUCAUAACCCAUUUCCUUCAUUCCACCACCACAACAACAAGAACAACGAGAACAACAAAGAAGAACAUCAAGUUAAUGUUAAAUCUUCCUCACUGGCCAGAGUCUUCAUAUGAUACGUUUUUUGUUGAACAGAAAUCAAUUCAAAGAAUGUUAACAAACUUUAUUUUUAUCUAUGUUGAAAAGUUUUGCACUUGUUUAUAGUAAUUAUUUGUUGCUUCCUCUAAUCUACAUAAAAUACUCUGAUACUUUCUUACCUUGGUUCAAGGGUUUGAGAUCCACCAGACUCUAACCCUAACCCUAUCAACUUCUUUAGUCACAGUCAUUUUAAUAACAUGCACUACAAUGUAGAUAACUGUGUUUUUUAAUGUCACUGUAAACUGGGCCCAUUGCUGCUGGUAAUCCUCUUGGAGUGCUUUUACACUUGAAAGCAGAACCAAGACACUGUACCAGAGUCUGUUUACGUGAGAUGGUCUGAAGGUGUGAUCACACAUUUUGUGGAAGUACUGGAAAUUUGCAAAAUCUACGAGUCGUGUAAAUGUGACUACGUGCAAUGGAAACUGUUUCAGUUGAUGAAUAAUGAUGUAGAGGCUCAAAACCUGCAAGAAGCGGCAGAUGCAAACAUCAGGCAUUUGUGGACCAAUUAGGAGACUGAAGUCUUCUUUGACUAUGACAGACAUCACCGUCUGUCACCAACUAUUACAUGUUAAUAAAUUCACAGUUUUCCUCUUUUGCACUGGUACAGUGGCAGCUGAGUAGUGGAGGGCAAUAGGCUAAUAUAUAUAUAUAUAUAUAUAUAUAUCAGCCCCAGACUGAUUGAUGACUGUCCUAAAUUUUCAAUAAUACAGUAAUUGUAUUAGCAUGUGCCGUGUUGAGUAUGUUAAGUUAAAUAUUCUGACAUUUCAUGUAUUUACUGUACACAUUUCCCUGUUUUAACAGCCGUGAGAGCAGCUUUGGACCAUGUGGAGUCAAUGUUGUUGUGUCGACAGUGUUAUUGGUAGCGUGUUUAUGGCUGUUUUCACUUUUACCAGGGUCCUGCAGUAGUUACUGUCUCACAGGGUCAUUGUUUACUGUGUGUUGUUAGAGCCGCAGAGCUUUAAUACUGAUGGGAAUCAGCAUAAUUACACAUGUCAUACCAAAAACACAUGGUCCAUGAACUAAACUACAUAGUUCUUAAUGAAGAGGAGAGUUGUACAUUAUGUUAAGUGCUGGACAGUUUUGCAACACACUGUUAUUACUUUUAGGCAUAUUUGCACAUAUAGUUAUAUUUUGAUGCAUGGUAAUAGUUGUUUUUUAUCAUAAGUUAUUAUGAAACUACAGUAUGUACACUAUAUUAUUGUUUUUAUGAUUUUAUUGCUACUUAACUGUAAAAAGUAGUAAGUGCUGGACUAUAGAUAUUCUUCAUCAUCACUGUCUUUCUUCUUAAAAUAAAAACACACAUCAUAUGA